AUGAGCGGUGGUUCUGUUCAUGGAUUGGUCUGUCUUAUUUACUAUAAGCAGAUCCCAAAGGGAAGGAAGGAAACGGUGCCGGUGAUAUGUAACCCUAGCACCGGUCAAUCCUUAACAUUACCCAAAGUGAGGACAAAUAGAGUUAAUGUGAUAAGCUACUUGGGAUAUGAUCCAGUUGGUAAACAAUUCAAGGUAUUGUCCAUGUCCUUGCCAAUUUUUGGCAACCAAAAGGGGAUGUGUGGGGAGCAUCAAGUUCUAACUUUAGGGCCUGGAAAACUGUCAUGGAGAAUGAUCAACUGUAGUGCUGUCCCCCAUGGGAUUCUAUAUAAUGAAAAUAGAAUAUGCAUCAAUGGUGUUUUGUAUUAUCAAGCUUGGGUCCUUGGGUUUUCUAAGGUAAUUAUCUGCUUUGAUGUUAGCUCUGAAAAGUUUACCCUUAUUAACCUUGAUAAGGAUAUGGUGCCUUGGCAUGAGCCAACUUUGGUUAACUACAAGGGUAAAUUAGGUGCACUUACAGCCUCAGAUUUCGGGUCCUUUGGGACAGUUAGUGGAGAUACUGAAUGUCUUCAGUUGUGGGUUUUAGUAGACGCAGAGAAACACGAAUGGUUGAAGUAUACCUACGUCUUGCCCCCUUUGUGGAAGAAUGUAGUUGGGAAUGCUAGUUUAGACUUUGUUAUUUUGACCGGUACAAACGAAAUUGUCUUGUCGUCGGAUGAUCCAUCCGGCCCUUUCUGUGUUUUCUACUACAAUUUCGAGAGACAAACUGUCAGAAAAGUUGUUAUGCAAGGAAUGGACACAUGUGUGACAAACGUUCACACCUUUGUAGACCAUGUAGAGGAUGUGAAGCUUAUGAAAAUGUUUCUACCUCGAGUAUCGUAA